AUGGAAGAUGAAAACACAGCAACACCGGUCAACAACGGAGGAGUAUACAAGGACAAAGCAGAAUCGGAAAAAAUAUACAUGAAUUAUAACUACAAGACAGGUGAUUGUCGACCCUAUCGAGUAGUAGUAGAGAGCACGGAAAAACAGAAAGUCGAGAUGAAAGCUCAGCUGUAUGCCGCAGUCGAGCAGUCGCCCUCGGCCGAGCUGGUCGAUCCGGAAGUGCUGACCCGGUACUUCGCCAAGUUCGACGAACAAUUUUUCCACUAUUGUGAUAGCGAACUAGCCAAGAUCAACACAUUCUACUCCGAAAAAUUAGCUGAGGCUACCAGAAAGUUUGCCAACCUCCGGUCGGAGCUGAGCGAAACCUUGGAGCUGGAGGACAGCGGCAAGAAGAAGAAAGAUAACUUCAAUCGGGUCAAGAAAAAUCUUCUGCGCAAGAAAAAUGUUUCGGUUCGCAAAAUUCAGGAACUGAAGCUGGCAUUUAGUGAAUUUUACCUGAGCUUAAUUCUGCUGCAGAAUUAUCAAAACCUGAACUUUACUGGAUUCCGGAAGAUUUUGAAAAAGCACGAUAAGCUAUUGAACGUGGACUUUGGGGCAAGAUGGAGGGCGGAGCACGUGGAGUCGGCCCACUUUUACACAAAUAAGGACAUCGACAGGUUGAUCCACGAGACGGAAAAUAUUGUCACUAAUGAAAUCGAGGGCGGAGAUCGGCAGAAAGCCAUGAAGAGGCUUCGAGUGCCACCCUUGGGAGAACAGCAAAGUCCUUGGACCACCUUUAAGGUAGGGUUGUUCUCGGGAUCCCUUUUAGUUCUGUGUGUGACCGUCGUCCUUUCCGGAAUGUUCCACGUUCAUCGAGAUGAUUGGAUAGCUGCUUUCCGGCUGUACCGAGGACCAUUUUUACUGGUAGAAUUUCUUUUCCUGUGGGGUAUCAACGUUUACGGGUGGCGAUCGUCCGGCGUCAAUCACGUACUAAUCUUCGAACUGGACCCUCGGAAUCAUCUAUCGGAACAACACAUCAUGGAACUGGCCUCCAUUUUUGGAGUUAUUUGGGCGCUAAGCGUUCUAGCUUAUCUUUAUUCCGAAUCCCUCAGUAUACCGGCUUAUUUUAGCCCUCUAGCACUAUACCUGCUGAUGGCAGCGUUCCUACUGAACCCGUUGAAAAUUUUCCGUCACGAAGCUCGUUUCUGGACAAUCAAAAUCAUCAGUCGCAUCAUGAUGGCUCCAUUCUUCUACGUGAACUUUGCCGAUUUCUGGCUUGCCGAUCAAUUAAACAGUAUCGUUCCCGCCUUUUUGGACCUUCAGUACUUCAUCUGUUUUUACUCGACCAUAACCAAUUGGAAUCACGUGGACAACACCAACCAAUGUAUCGAAAACUCGCUCUGGAUUCGAUCAAUAGUUGCGAUGCUCCCGGCCUGGUUCCGGAUGGCUCAAUGUCUCCGACGAUUCCGGGACACCCGGGAAGCCCACCCUCAUUUGGCGAAUGCCGUGAAAUAUUCAACGUCCUUCUUUGUGGUGGCAUUUUCGGGAAUUACCCAAGCGACCCGGCAUCAGUAUCCUAAUAGUGCCGAAAAUCCGUGGUUUUAUCUGUGGAUUUUGGCGUCGAUUGUGUCGUCCUGCUACGCGUACACCUGGGACAUCAAGAUGGAUUGGGGUCUGUUCGAUUCGAAGGGCAACGAUAACAAAUUUCUGCGGGAUGAGAUCGUUUACGGUUCAAAUUGGUUCUACUACUUCGCCAUCGUCGAGGACCUGAUACUGCGGUUCGGUUGGACCCUUUCAAUGAGCCUCAUUGAGAUGGGCUACAUCGACCGGGAGAUUAUCGUGUCCAUCCUGAGCCCGCUGGAGGUUUUCCGGCGCUUCAUCUGGAACUACUUCCGGCUCGAGAACGAACAUCUCAACAAUUGCGGUAAUUUCCGAGCGGUGCGAGACAUUUCCGUGGCCCCGAUGGACUGUUCGGAUCAGACGACGAUCCUGCGGAUGAUGGACGAGGAAGAUGGCGUUCGAAAUCGGCGGACGGUGAAGAAAAUCAGCGGCAAGAAGAAAUCGGAACACCGGCUGCUCCUUCGCGAGGCCGAAUCGACGGAAGACCUGGAAAUGUAAAGAUACGCGUAGCUUCUUUCGCUGACUUUGGUGACUUAGUGACGAUGAUGAAGAAGAUGAUAGAGCGCGCCUAUUUUAGAGAAGACUCCGCGUCCUCUAUCAUGACUUACAUGUGCAUGUGCUGUUUACAUAUCCGUAUUCUUUGUCAUGUGAACCAUACAACCUACAUCCUCGUACACCAUUUACAUAUCCGGUUCCGGCGUAGGUGUGGAAUCGUAUCGUGCCGUGUCGUUGUAUGUUUGUGCCAAAACAAAUCAUGCUGUUUCGCUUAGUUCGUUUACAUUUUGCCGUUCGUCCCGGCUGAUGGCGCACGUAGGACAAGAUUUUUCUACGCGACAAGAAUUGCAUUUCAAGCAUCCCCCCAUCACAGUACCACCGAUUCUAGUGAGUUUGCCUUUUGAGCUUGUACAGAGAAAAAAAAAUUAAAAUUAUACGGAAUAAUGCUCGCGAAUCACAGAUGCCGAAUGAGCGCGAAAGUUGCUGAUGUAUUUUUAAUUUAUGUAUAUGUACGUCCUCGGUGGAGCUUUCCGAAUGUUUACCUGACUAAGUAAUUUUAUUUUGUAUACAAUUAUUUCAUAACUAUGCUUGAUUUGUUUUGAAUUCUGAUUUUUGCAUUCUUUGCAAAUUUAAAUAUUUAUUCAUUUGUUUAUUUGGUAACAUCCCAAGUAACCAAAAGUUCCAUAAAAUGGUCUCUUAGAAGCUUACUCAGCCCUGAUUGAAGGCUUUAUAGCGUUCUACUCAGCUGAAAUUUUAAGUUCUUAUUGAUACUUUCAAGUUCCAUAAACAAAGCUGAGUAGAAGGCUACUCAGCUUCAAAUGAAACUUUGAAAAAAAAAACCUUGCAAAAAUAAAGCGUUACUUUUUUACUUUGAAUUCGGAUCUGCUUUAAUCUUUAUUACUAUUUAUAUUUGUUUCUAUUUUCAACAAUUUUAAACUUACUUGAAAAUUUAUCCUGCAUGGAGACUUGAACCUGAACCUGUGGAAUGAAAGCUGAGCACGUUACCUUUGAACCAUGGCUGUUUUCUGAUUCAAUGGUAUUUAAAACAUCUAUUUGAAAUAAUUUACGGGUUAUCCUUUUAGAAGUAGGCGGGAUGAAAAAUAGUAAACAAUCAGCUUCAAAAAGUAUAAACAGAAGUUGUGAAACGAGGACUGCCGUACGAAAUAAAUUAUCCUUGCCUCAAUUUUGCACACCAUGAAUAGAUAAUAUCCGUGUAAGUCGUAUCCACAUUUAAAUUUGAACGUAAGUGCACGAACUGAAUUCUUUUUUGUAACAUAUGUAUCUCAUUGUAUAAUGUUUAUUUGCAGUUCAGAAAAGGAAUAUACCUAAACAUAUGGGCCGUGAACAAGCCGCUGCAAUUUCUGUUACAAUACAAUCCAAUUUAAAAAAAAAAACUGCAGAAAUAGAUUCUACAUGAGGAAGUUGUAAUUUGUUUCUAGUUUUUUAACAUUUUCCUAAAUUAAAACACAUUUCAUGUACAUUUUAGAUUGACUGAAACCAAAGAAAAAAAAAAUUAAGAUAAUUAUCGAUUUUUACGGCAAAUCCUCGCAUUCAACGGAAUAAUAAUGAGCUCAAUCGACCCACAUUUCGUCCAUCGAUGAACUUCCCGUUGAAAUAAUCUGCCUUUGAUAUUUGUUGGAAUAUACUUGGUGCUGGAUGUGUCGUUAAUGUUGCUGUGAGAGUUACUUUCAUUGAAAAGGGAAACAAGAAGAAUCGGAAUCACUAUGUUUCUACUAAUGUGGAAAUCGUUAAAACCAUGAAAUGUAGUCUGAUAGUGAAUAUUCAUAUGUAAUUCAAAUUUAUAACCUAAUAAUAUACAAUCGCUGAUAAAUAUGCAUUUCCCAAAUAAUUUUUACUUUAUUUAUGUUUCUUCCUCCACCCAUUUUUGUCCAAUUCACCAUCGAAGUAGGGAUAAUGCAACUUUUUUGGGAAAACUUAUAUGAACAUGAUAGAUCGAACUGUUACCAAUUAAGAAUGUUCCAAAACUAAAGAGUUUUUGUUUGACAACUCUGGUUCAAGGAAAGCUGGUGCUGAAAUUUGACUUUUAAUGAGUAAAAUAUUCUCAUAAUAUUAUUUUCUUUUCUCAUUCCAUUUUGUUCCAAUAGCCGGCGACGGUAAUAAAACAAACCAUUCUUUCUUUUUUUUUUGUAAAUAAUCCAUUUUUGUUCACAAAUUGAAAAUGCAUUCGAAAAAUUUUCUAAGAGAAUGUAAACCAACCAGAAUUGAAAAUUUUGACACAACUCAAUUCGCAUUGAAGUUCCAUAGAAGUUCCGCAUAGAACCAAAAAGUUCGUAAGAAGUUCCGCAAGGAACCAAAAAGUUCGUAAGAAGUUCCGCAUGGAAUCAAAUAGUUCGCAAGAAGUUCGUAACGAAGCAUGAUAAGCCGAGUUAAUAUCCGGACUUUUUAAGGUACUUAGAACGCACAAAUAUGUUAUAUGCUACUUGUUUAGACUUUUUAUGUUCGUUCAGAAGUCCAAAUGAAGCACUUAAGGGAAACGGAUUUUAUUCCUCUCGAGUACCUUUUACUCAGCGAAAUGUGAACUUAAAACGUACAAGAUUAAGUAGCUAUGUGACUUUUGGUUACUUGGGAUGUCAACGGACCACAUUUUUAUCCCAAUAAUUAAUUGUAUACAAAAACAACUCUAUUAAAAGACAGCGUAUUGAAGACCUUUAUUCAUUUGAAUAAUCUGAAUUCAUUUCAAAUUUUUUGCAUCCCAAUCAAUGGUAUGUUUUAUUCAAAUCUUCUAAGGAAGUUACAUAAACUUUUAUCCAAUGAAAUUAGACGUUUCUCGAAUAUUUAGCAACUGAGUAACACAGAUUAAGCCAAGCAGGCCCAUGCAAAAGAUUGCAUGGAACUUUUAUGAGAUUUUUGACCAUUUACAGCAUUUUUUAGAUCAGUGGAAGUCAUUUGCCGGAUUUAAUUAAAUAAUAAUAUUUUAUAUUUACUCAGCUAAGCUAAGUGGUUUGAACUUCACUUCAUAUGCUGCUCCUCUCAGAGGGUUUGUACUGCAUUUCAAUGUAGUGAUCCUCUCAGGAGGUUUGUGCUUCAUUUCAAUAAACUGCCCCUCUCAGGGGGUUUGUACUUAAAUUCAAUGUACUUCCCCUCUCAGGGGGUUUGUACUUCAUUUCAACGUACUGCCUCUCUCAGGGGGUUUGUACUUCUUUAAAAUGUACUGCCACUCUCAGGGGGUUUGUACUUCAUUUUAAUGAACAGCCCCUCUCAGGAAGUUUGGACUUCAUUUCAUUGUAUUGCCUCUCUCAAGGGAUUUGCACUUCUGUCUAAUGUACUGCCCCUCUCACGGAGUUAGUACUGCAUUUUAAUGUACUGUCCCUCUCAGAAGGUUUGGACUUCAUUUCAUUGUACUGCCCUCUCAGGGAGUUUGGACUGCAUUUGAAUGUACUGCCCCUGUCAGGGGGUUUGUUCUUAAAUUCAAUGUACUGCUUCUGUCAGGGGGUUUGAAAUGUACUGCCCCUCUCAGGGGG